AACACAGAGUUUUACGCACUUACUUCGAUAGGUUCUCCAGUUACUAAGUUUCUAUUAAAUAUUCGCUGAUAACAUAUAUUUACAAGUAUGUUUACCGUUCAGUUUUUUGUAUUGGCACUUUUUGCCUCCGCGCACGCUCGCACCAUCUACUUGCAAGAAUUGGAAGACCACCCUUCCUUAAUAGACGUGACCAGUCUAGUUCAAGAAGAAUAUGGAGACGCGCUAACCGACCAACAUUUGGAGUCCGUUUAUCCAGCUAACUUUAACCGUGUCAGGCGUCAGCUUGGCAGUAUGAGUACAAACCCAGACGGCAGCGCAAACUUGAACCUUAAAGUGCCAAUCGUAAGGGGUGAAAGCAAUGUGUUGAGUGCUGUUGGCUCGGCUUCCGGGAUACAGUCGGGUGAUGCCUUCAGAGCAGCUGGAGUGAAGCCUGGUCCGGGAUAUAGCGCUGCUGGUGGUGGUUUAGCGUUAGACAAUAUAAACGGGCACGGGCUAAGUGUGACCGGUCAACACAUUCCCGGUCUCGGGAACCAGGCAACGGCGGCGGGGCGGCUGGCGCUCGUCAACACGCCCGACCACAAGCUGGGCGCCAACGCCUUCGUCACCCGGACCAUGCCCAACAUCCCCAACCUACCCAACUUCAACACUCAUGGCGGCAGCUUGGACUAUACUUUCAAGGACAAAAUCGGCGGUUCCCUAGGCAUGGCGCACACGGACCUGUUCAAGAAGACGGACUACUCGGCCAUGGGCAACCUGAACCUGUUCCGCGGCCCCUCCUCCUCGCUGGACCUCAACGCCGGCUGGACCAAGUCCCAGUCGCCCAUCCCCGCCUUCAACCACAACUGGGCGCCGCAGGGCGGACUGAAAUUCACCAAAUUUUUCUAAACUGUUCAAAUGGUCACACCUAUUACUAAUAAGUAAAACAAUGAUGAUGA